UCACAAUCAUUCAUUUUCUUCCAUUCCUCGAAAAUUCAUGCCGCCCAUCCAAAAUACAAAAACUCUUCACCAAGUUUCUAGAAAUUUGAUAAUCAUUGUGAGUCGUGGUGUUUUUCAAGUGCAUCCUUCCAAUGCUCCCAUUAAUGAGCCAUUUUUCAUUUGCUUAAGCCAUCAAUAAGGAUUUCCACAAUGAUUGUUCUUGCGGGUUGUAACUAUGAAACCAAAAUUUUGGGAGCAGCAUCCUGGUCUGAUAGCCUCUCAAAAUACCAUUUAAUUCUACGACGACAAGCUUUUAUUUCCGGCAGCAGGAUUGGAUUCAAAUCUCCUUGCACUAUCAAAACAUCAACCAGAUUUUCAAAAAAUUACAGACUACCUGUUUUGGAGGCUACCCCUUUAGUUGCGGGGGAGGAGGAAAAUGGAAAAGAUGGAUUAGAGAUUAGCAGAAGGUUUACAGUCAUGUUGGGUUUUCCAAUGUUGGCUGCGAUGGUGGGAUUCUCUGAAAAGGCAUUGGCAGUUAAACAAUUACAGUUGGCGGGAAGGGUUCCAGGCCUAUCCCCACCAGAUGAAAAUGGCAUGAGGACAUAUCACAGACCAGAGGCAAAGUCAGGAGGUCAUGGUGUUGGUUGGAGUCCAAUAAUUCCAUAUACGUUUACAGUUCCUCCAGACUGGGAAGAGGUUCCUGUUUCAAUUGCAGAUCUUGGUGGCACAGAGAUUGAUUUAAGAUUUUCAAACAAAAAAGAAGGAAAUGUGUCUGUUGUUGUUGCACCUGUUUUGAGAUUUGCAGAUUCCGAUGAUAAUGUUAAAAUUGAAAACAUUGGGACACCUGAGAAACUUAUAUAUGCAUUUGGCCCAGAAUUGGUUGGACAAAAUGUAGAAGGCAAGUUGAAAAGUGCAGAAGUCAAGGAACUUUCUGGUAAAACAUAUUACCAGUAUGAGCUGGAAGCACCCCAUGCACUGGUCAGUGCAACUGCUGCUGGCAACAGGUUGUAUUUGAUGACUGUCAGUGGAAAUGGACUUCAAUGGAAAAAGUAUUUACCAAAUCUAAAGCAGAUUGCAGAUUCUUUUCGAGUGGAUUGACAGCAAUUUUUAUGAGCAAUGCAAGUGAAGUGAAAUAGAUUUGUUUUCUUCAUUUUAUUGUCUCACAUUGUUGGUGCCGUGACAUUGUAUAGGGCAUAUGCAAUCUUGGGUUUGCUGCUAUACAAAAAUUGUUCACCUCUCUGAUAAAGGAAUAUCAUUAAUUUCCAAUACAUGUAUGCCAUUUACUUUGCAUAUCUAGAAGAUGAGGGAAAGUGUCUGGCAUUUCAUCAAGAAGUGCAAUGAACCAUCAGUCUCCACAAGCACAAGUGUAUAUUGUUAUAGAAGAAUGUAACAUCAAUUUUUGCAUGGUUCGUAACUCAUGUUUUGUAUCUCAACUUCAUAAAUACUUUUGUCCUUGGAGUUUGAUGAAUA